GAAAUGGAAGCAGUGUUCGACGGAAUCGAAGAGGAAGACGUAGUUGUAGAACAGCUGCAAAUGAUAAAAUCGAAAGUCGGAUCCCCAAUUUCGCGGCCUCGGUCUAAACAGUAGCUGUGAGUUUUUCUCCCGAUAGUUUUGUAGGUCGUACAGAGGAAGAAAGGGAGGCACAAAGAUGAUCACUACCGUCUGAUUCAGUCGGCAAUCGGCUUACGUUUGCAGAUCCUUUGCGGGAAGAUGAAAUGCGAAUGCCAAAUCGGAAAUGAUCAAAAACGCAAAAUGCAGAACCGAGCAAAAACAAAGGAAUGACAUCAGAAAAUACUAACUUCAACCAUUAUAGAACGCAAGUAUUGAAUCACACCCAGGUCCUCCUUUAUCUUUUUCCAUCCCCUACUCACCCAAGCAACUUUUUCCCGCUGUAGCAUCCCCCUGCUUAAUAUUCUGAACCACGACGACAAAAAGAUCUUUCGUUUUAAUUAGUAGGCGACCAAAUUACAAAGAAAUUCGUAUGGACUGAGCAAAUUUCUGGUCUACCUGACAACAGGCACGAAGAGGUACCAACUAACAGGCAGAGAUAAUUACAUUAUACAUAUAGACUGACGGGAACGAGCGGCAAGCUUUUCGUUUUUUUUUUGAAGAAUAAAAGAUAGAUCCAGCUCCGAGGAGCAGUAAGCAUCACAAAAAUGUCGUACAUGCUUCCGCAUCUGCACAGCGGCUGGGCCGUGGACCAGGCGAUUUUGUCGGAAGAGGAGCGGUUGGUGGUGGUCCGGUUCGGGCACGACUACGACGAGGAGUGCAUGCAGAUGGACGAAAUUCUGUACGGGAUCCAGGACGACGUGAAGAACUACGCCGUGAUCUACCUGGUGGACACCAAGGAGGUGCCAGACUUCAACACCAUGUACGAAAUUUACGAUCGGGUUACGGUGAUGUUCUUCUUCCGGAACAAGCACAUGAUGAUCGACUUGGGCACGGGAAACAACAAUAAAAUCAACUGGCCCUUCAACAACAAGCAGGAGCUGAUCGACAUCUUCGAGACGGUGUACCGGGGCGCCCGGAAGGGGCGAGGUCUCGUCAUCUCCGCAAAAGACUACUCAACAAAGUACCGCUACUAGUCGGCAAGAACCCUGUUCUAGUACCUGUUGGUCCAGUGCAGCUGCCACGUCGGGCGUCUCAGGUUGAUCCUAGAUUCUCAUUAUCCCGCUGGCAGGCUUCGAGUAGUUCAAUGCACACCUGCGUACGGCGAUCUGCAUCUACUGUGUCCCGUUCUUGCCCUGGCCCAUUCACCGCCGCGGAUAUGCAGUGCGGUUUGAAAGCAGACGGAGCGAAGGUGUAGAUUGCUUCGAGGGUUGUUCGAUUGUCGCUUCUGCGAGCAUCUGCUCGUAUGCAGCAGAGCAGGCUGCAAUAAGAAGAACAGAAGACAAGUGUGUCGAGUGAAAAAGCGCCCAAGAUGAAUUUUGGCUACUGCAUUGACCAGCCCGGGCAGUAACACAAAAUGAACAAAGCAAGUAACUGAAGCUGAUGAAUCCGUGGCUGUAU